CAAAGGCGUUUACUGUGGCCUAUAAAGGGAAGAGUCCCUGUGUACCUGUAGUGCACUGCCAAUGAAAAGGGAGAGAGACAAUGGACACCAUGGGAGAUCUUCACGGGGAUAACCCAAGGGCGAAUGAAAGCCUCAUGUCUCUGCGUCCCAUCCCGGACCCGGCCCGUUCCGCGCAGCCCUCGGGCCUGAGCCUGGCCGUAGAGAGGCACCUGAGCUGCCCCAUCUGCAAUGACCUGUUCUUGGAUCCCGUCACCACCUGCUGCGGCCACUCCUUCUGCAACGCCUGCCUGAACCGCAACGCCAGCGACAACAGCUGCCCGACCUGCAGGCAGCACCUCAGCCACAUCCCCGAGGUCAACGUCGUGCUGGAGGGACUCCUGCAGGACCUGCACCAGGCCCGGCUGGAGGCCAGGGACCAAAUGGCCGAGGGGUCCGCCGGGAGGCCCCGAGAGGUGGUCUGCGACGUCUGUAUUGGGCCCGGGGCCCGCAAGGCCCUGAAGUCGUGCCUGGUGUGUCUGGUGUCGUACUGCCGGGCCCACCUCGAGGACCACGACAGUAGGAACCGCCUGAGGGGCCACAGGAUGGUGGCGCCUGUGGAGAACCUGGACGACAGGGCCUGCCCGGAGCACGGGCGGCCCCUGGAGCUCUACUGCCGCAACAGCGACCGCUGCAUCUGCGUCCUCUGUGUGGAGGAGGGGUGGAAGGUUGUUUCCGUGGAGAAGGAGUGGGAGGAGAAAAGGGGCCAGCUGAACUACCUCGGGGUUACGUUUCAGGGGGGGAUUACGAGACGGCAAAACAAGCUGCAGGAAAUCCGUUCCUCGAUCAGGGUUUCCCAGGAUCACUUACGUAGAGAGAGGACGAAUAUCAACGGCAUUCUGUCAUCCCUCAUUUCAUACGUGGAGAUCGCCAAAAGACACGUUCUCCUGCCCAUGGACGAGAGGAGUCAGGCGGUGGCGAGGCGGGCCGAGGAAUUGAAGGAGCAGCUCAACAACAAGAUAGAGGAACUCCGGAAGAACAUCUCGGACCUGAGGUGCAUUUCUGACACAGAGGAUCCUAUUUACUUCCUACAGAAUUUUCCAUCCACCCAGGACCUAGAUGAGGAAAACAACCUAACAGAGAUAGCACUCGAUGCGUCCACCUCCUUCGGCACCUUCCGAAGUAUCAUAAAAAACCUAAUGGAUGAAAUUCUCGACAAACUGGAGUUAUUGACUCCAAUCGAACUGCAGAGGAUCGUGAGGUUUGCAGUGGACGUGAAGCUAGACCCCAGCACCGCUCACCCACGCUUAAUCGUAUCCGGUGACGAAAAGGAGGUACAAGAUGGCGGCGGGAUUCAGGUAGUACCCAGGGGUGCUCAGAGGUUUGACUUGUACUCAUGCGUCCUCGGCCGGAACCGACUGACAUCCGGCAAGGCCUACUGGCAGGUUGAGGUCGGCGACAAGUUGGGUUGGGAUCUAGGCGUAACGACGGUGACCUCUCAACGGAAAGGCAAGCUUGUUUUCAAGCCCGACACCAACUACUGGGUGAUAGCGCAUUACGAUGGUGACGGCUACGCGGCAAUGACAGCCCUGCCCAAAAAGCUGGCCCUCAAAGCCAAGCCCAAGAUGGUAGGCGUCUUCCUGGAUUACGAGGAAGGCCUUGUGUCCUUCUACGACCUGACGUCCUCCUUGCACAUAUUCUCGUUCACGGCGUGCGUAUUCAGUGGCGAGCUCUGCCCCUAUUUCAGUCCCCAUAAUGAGUUGGACGAAGGCCGGCCUCUGGUCAUCACUGCGGUGUAGGACCAGCUCUGGAAUGAUUACUAUGCUAGUGUAUACCAAAUAUACUGUAUAUGUAAACAUAGAAAAUACACAUGGGUGGGUUUCAAACUGUGUUUCCACCCACUAUGAACGUCCAGCCACCAUAAUAACUUUAAAACCCAUUUAAAGUUUGAGAAUAGGUUGAGAUCGUCCACGUCCACGUCCACGUCCAGCCACCAUAAUACUCCCCAACUGCUACCAAUGGGUAGCAGUUGGGGAUUAUUAUGGUGGCUGGACGUUCAUAUUCAAUGCAAAUAUUCAGAUUCAAUGCAAAAUAUAUAUAGAUGAGAUUCAUUAUUAUGUUUGAAGACCGAAACCUGGAACCGUGUGACGAUGAAAAAUCAUGGAACAGUGUAACGAUGAAAAAUAUCCAUAGAGAAAUAACCACCACCUUUGUAAUGGUGAUGGGAAUGCGGUGCUUAUUAUAUCUUUUGGGUUCCGGGUCAUAAGAAGUGGUGGGUAAAGGCAUUUAAUCAUAUUGGAAAUGUUAUUCUACAUCAACCCUUGUGGUCAAGCAAGGUCUAGGUUCUUAAUAGCUUCAUAAUUACUUAAUGUCUUAUUGUUGGGAUAGGGAUUGUAUAACUUUGUUCAAUAUACAUUCCUGAUGCACUUAUUCAGCUAAUGCAGUUUUCUAUGUCUAACGUGCAUCAAAUGUGACUUUGUAUACUUCAUUCUGUAAGUUUAUAUUAAAUCUGUUUUUUGGGAUUUCCUUAAUAAAAUAAAUAUCAUUGAUUGUG